AUAAUUUUUGUUACCAGUGUUCACAAAAUUCAGCAUACCCGAAGAAUGUCAGGCUGAAAUCAAGGUGUAUGACCAGUCUGACACAGAAGUCGACUCAGAGGUUUUUCAAGAAAUCGCAAAGGAGUCACCUGGAACCUUUCGGGUCACUCUAGGCAUAAAAGAACUUGGUAAUCAUUAACUUUUAACUAUUAGGCUUAAAAGUUGGGUUAGUAUAAUAUAUUAGUAUAACACAAAAACAAAUCCAGAUUUUAUACACAUGCAUUGAACUUGUGGUUAAUGCAUUUUAGCAUUUUUUUUAAAUGUAUCAUGAAUAUAAUAGUGCUGUGUGAUAUAAUCUUUUUAUUUUGUACAAUUUCAUAAUGCACAGGUGCCUCUCCAUCAUCAACCUCUGUAAGAUCUGAUGACACGGUAAUUCUAAACCUCUCUGUGUGUGACCCUAAUGAAGAAGCAGCCACUGUUGAAGGAAGCCAACCUAAAAGACCAUGCAGAGUAAACUGUGAGGCAAAAGGGUUGAUUGAAAAAAUCCUAACAUCAAAACCCGGUGGUGAACGUAUUAUCCACGAGUAUGAUAAGACCAAAAGUCUCACAGAUGCCACCAGAAGACAAAUGAUUAACAUACUUGCUGAUACAUUAGACAUAUGAUUUGCGUAAUUACUGUGUAGUUAUUAUUUUUCUUAUAUGUUGUGUGAUGCCAGUUGACUUUGAUGGUUUCAUUGAAUUUCAAAUACCUUCCCUAGGACAUCCCCCCCAAAAAGUGUCAGGGUGAUGUAUGCACAGGGGAUUGUUGCAUUCUUUCCUUAUCUGGAAGACCCAUAUUCACAACAUGGAUAUGAACAUUACUACGAUCCAGAGAGUGGGUCUGGAUACCUGGCAUGGCGUUUGAAGACCAUACAAAGAAAAAUCGCUGAAGAAAAAGGGGCCUCAGAAAGCAAAUCCCCCAAAACUGGUGGGCCAGGCCAUGGUAGACAACCUAUCACCAGUGACCAAGUACCAACUGACAAAGAGGUGGAAGCAGCCAUUGCUGUUUUGAGAUACUCUGCUGAUGAAGACACAAUCCGUGAGAAGAUGAAAACUACUUUUGUGUAUCGCCAAGCAAUGGUCAAUAAUGCAGACAAGUCAGCAGAUGUAUUUUUGGUCUUCCCACGGUUUUUGGACACAGCAGGACUGAUAGAACAAGACUUCAGACAUGUGUUUGGUGAGGCCACAGCCAACACAUUCCUGGAGAAGUGGCCAACCACUUUCAAAGAAAAGGUGAUGAAGGAAAGCCAGGGACUCGUACCCACCACAGAACUCUUGGAUUUGAUGCGCAAUGCUGAGUCAGCUGUGGAGACUGAGAAUGGCUGGGACUGUGACAUAUCUGCCAUCCUGCUGCUGCUACAUUUGCUACCACCAGCUGCACAAGGGCGAAAGAGGCCAGGAAAGAUGUCUGCAUCUCAAGCAGCAGAUAAGAUCAUCAGAUUUCAAAAGGUUGGAACCAGUGUGCAGCAGCAUCUAGAUGGCAUCACCCAAAGCAGUCAGCCCUACCUUCUUGCCCUUGGAUCUACAAGGAGCUGCAUCCACUCCUACUUCAUUGUGGUCGACAAGCAUGCGCUACCAUGCAAAGCGACAGGUUCAGUGGGAGCCUUUGACAAACUCUUUAAGGCCCAUUUCGUCUUUGGUACGUCAUACAGUCCUUGCCUGAACAACUUUUUCACAAACAACCAUCUACAACAUUGACAUGGGGAACACAAAGGAGACCCCCAGAGUUGCUGAGUUAAGAGCAAGACUACUAAGAUAAAACCAUGAGGUGUUUUCUUUGCAAAAUAUGCCAUAGAGGUCCAAACAGUCUCAUCCAGCACCUUAAGGUAAUCCAUGGACUAUGUACAGGGAGGACACUAAAUCUGAAAUGUGGUCAAGUGGGAUGUUCACGUUCUUUUGGUAGCUUUUCUGGUUUAAGAAAGCAUCUUAACAAGUGUCAUGUAUGCAAUUCAUUUGAUUCUGCAGAAGAUUCUUCACAACACCAAAGUACCGUUGACACUUGUAAUGCCACUAAUAUUGAAGUGUCGACUGAAAAUGUAGAGUCUGUGUCAGAGGUAUUUUCGCCAGGCAUUGUAAAUAGUUGUGCAUCUGUAAUUGCUGAUCUAAAGGUAGCAGGUGUAAGUCAAAGUGUUGUCAAUUCUGUUGUGAUUUCUAUGGAAGAGAUUGUCCAAGAUAUCCAUCAGCAUGCUAAAGAAGCUGUCAUUAAGCAUGUAUUUUCUGAUGAAAGACAAACUGAAAUGUGCAAAAAGUUUGAGGCAUGUUUUGAGGAAUUAGAGAAUCCUUUUACAGUUCUAAAUUCAGAAUACAAGCGAUCAAAAUAUUUGUCAGACAAGUGGGAAACGGUAGAACCUGUUGAAUGUGUUAUUGGCUCCAGAUUUGACACAAGACGAAACAAACAGACUGGAACAUAUGAUCAGAAAGUAGUUCAGGAUAAAUUCAUGUAUGUUCCAAUUUUAUCUACAUUGCAGUCAAUUUUUUUUAAGUCAACAUGUUGCAGAACUGUUGCAAAGCUCAGGAACUGGCAACUCAAGACUUGGAGAUAUUUGUGAUGGUUCAUUUGUUAAGAACCACCCACUGUUCUCCACAGAAAGGCACACUGUGCAGAUCCAGAUGUUUUAUGAUGAUUUUGAGGUUGCAAACCCUCUGGGCUCCAAGCGAGGUAUUCAUAAAUUGGGUGGUAUAUAUUUUACUUUAAGGAACUUCUCUCCAAAAUGGAAUUCUUGUUUGGCUAAUAUCCACCUGUGUGCCUUGUUUCAUGUUCAAGAUCUGAAACGGUAUAGUUUUAGUGAAAUUCUUGCUCCUAUUGUUCGAGAUAUUAAAGUUUUGGAGAGUGAUGGGAUUGAGAUUCCUUUAUACAGUGGUCGUGUACGUGGCAGUGUAGUACAGGUUACUGGCGAUAAUCUGGGUUUACAUGGUUUGUUUGGUCUGGUGGAAUCUUUUAACGCAAGGUACUGUUGUAGGUUUUGUUUAGCAGAAAAAGAUGACUUUCAGACAGAAUUCUCUGAAGAUUGUUCCAAGAUAGUGUUGCGUACCAAAGAAAACUAUACUGCUCACUGUCAAGAAAUGACCAGGAAUCCAUCUCUUCUUUAUGUUUUUGGUGUGAAAAGACCAUGUUUAUUGAACUCCUUAAAGUAUUUUCACACAACAGAGAACUUUUCAGUUGAUGUGAUGCAUGAUGUGUUAGAAGGGGUGGCCCAGUACGAAUUGAAGUUGUUAUUUUUGUAUUUGAAGGAAAAGCAUUUAACAUUAGGAGAAUUGCAUUUAAGAAUACAAAGUUUUGAUUAUGGAUUCAUGGAGAGAAACAAUAAACCAGUGGCUGUGAAUUUAUGUGAAGGAUCAAAUGAUCUGGGACUGAAUGCAGUUCAGUCAUGGUGCCUUCUGAAGAAUGUUGCUCUUAUCUUUGGAGAUUUGGUAACUUCUACUGACCAACACUGGGAACUACUUCUUUUGUUACUUCAAAUAGUAGACAUUAUAUUCUCUCCCAUGUUAUCUCAAGGUUUAUGCGUUUACUUAAAACAUUUGAUUGUGGAACACCAUAAACUGUUCAAACUGUUGUUUCCUCAGAAGAAACUUUUACCAAAGCACCAUUUUCUUAUCCAUUAUCCCCGCUGCAUACAAAAAAUUGGACCUGUACUUCAUAGUUGGUGUAUGCGGUAUGAAGGCAAGCAUAAUUUUUUCAAAAAACAAAUUAAAUCGUUUAAAAAUGUUACUAAAACAUUGGCAAAAAAACAUCAGAAUUAUAUGGCACACCAUUGGCAGUCUUCAACAACUUUUAAUUGCUUAGACAUAGGUCCAGGGAAAAUGGUGUCUUUAAACAUGGUAAAAGGAGGUUGUGAAAUUGCUAUGGCAAUGCAGGUGCCCAGUAGCACUCAGGUUCUUAAAGUGCAUUGGGCUAAAUAUCACGGGUAUGUUUAUCGCCCACAUCUGGUUAUCUGUGGAAAAAUAGAAUCUGAAAUACCUCAGUUUUUUUUUAUUGAAUCUGUUGUGAUAAUGCAUGAAAGAUUGUUAUCGCUCACUCUGCCUUUAGCUACUGUAGCUUUUCAGGAACAUUUUCAUGCAUAUGAAGUGACCAGGUCAAAACAUGGUUUUCUUUACUUUUAUGUUGAAAACUUGCUUUAUCAUAGGCCCUUUGACAUACAAAUGUCAUAUGGAACAAACGACACAGCUCUAUUUGUGGUUCCAUAUUGCUUUCUCUGGUGAGCAGGUGAUUUCUGAUGUUCAUUGAUGUCAAAA